AUGCGCAGUACGCCCGCGGCGCGGCCCGUCAGGCACUGCGGUAGGCGCCCUGGAGGCUGGCAGGACCCUGACCCCAAGAUGGCGGCGCCCAGCGAAGUGGCCGCGGCUGCCUCCGGCGAGAAUGAUGGCGGGGGCAGCGGCUUUGGGUCGUGGCUGGACGGACGGUUGGAGGCGCUGGGAGUGGACCGAGCCGUUUACGGCGCCUACAUCCUGGGUGUCCUGCAGGAGGAGGAGGAAGAGGAGAGGCUGGAUGCUCUGCAGGGGAUCCUCUCUGCUUUCUUGGAGGAAGAUUCUCUUCUUCACAUCUGCAAGGAGAUUGUGGAACGAUGGUCGGAAAGUCAGAAUGUUGUCACCAAAGUGAAAAAAGAAGAUGAGGUACAGGCCAUUGCCACCCUAAUUGAGAAGCAGGCACAGAUUGUGGUGAAGCCCAGGAUGGUGUCAGAAGAAGAGAAACAGAGAAAAGCUGCCCUCCUGGCCCAGUAUGCUGAUGUGACAGAUGAAGAAGACGAAGCAGAUGAGAAGGAUGAUUCAGGCGCCACCACAAUGAACAUUGGUUCUGAUAAAUCUCUGUUCCGAAACACCAAUGUGGAAGAUGUCCUCAAUGCCCGAAAACUGGAACGAGACUCACUUCGGGAUGAGUCCCAAAGGAAGAAGGAACAGGACAAGCUGCAGAGGGAGAGGGACAAACUAGCCAAGCAGGAGCGCAAGGAAAAGGAAAAGAAAAGGACACAAAGAGGGGAGCGGAAGCGAUAACCUUGGUCCACUCUGUUCUUUCUCCUCAUGGACUUGAUCAAAGGGAGAGCUGAUUGUGCACAUGUGUAUUUAAGAGAAAUGAGAGAACAUUGCAGAGUGCUUUUGUCCCUUUUGUUUACAUGGUCAAAAGGAAAAUCACAAACACUUCUAAUUACAAAAUGUGCCAUGUCUGUGUGGUGUGGGUAAUCAGAUUAUUGUAGUUGAUGUCUGUACCAAAGAUCUGGAAUGGCGGCAACUUUUAUAUUUUAAUCUUGAAGUUCUGGCUCCUUUUGGCUACUUAAAAAGUCUUCCCUUACCUAGGAUCGAUAACAGAAAUAUUCAGAAAGCUGACAGUUACAGUUUUCAUCCUAAAGGAGCAGAAUCAUGACCACUCCUUUCCUGAGAUGAAAUGUGGGAGCAUAAAGUACUUUGAAAGUACUAUUUACCCCUAAAUGUAUUGUUUUAUGGAUGAAAUAGAAAACUAAUGAAGAGCCCUACCUGGGUCUAGAUAUUAUGUUAACAUGGCAAUGACCUAUGAAAAUGGAAGAAAUUAUGUGGUGGAUGUUCUAGAUUUGAGGGGAAAACAAUUUUUUUUAAGUUUCAGCUUAUGGGAGGAAAAGGAGUAUCUUUUUAAGUGUAGUCACAUAUUUUUUUCCUCAUCAAGGCUGCAGUUUUGAAGAAGGAUGUGUAUUGGGUGGAAGGAGAUCAUUGUUAGCUAGAUUCAUUUUUUAUAAUCAUGUGUCCUCUUGAGCACUAGUAGAGAUUUUAAUCCUGAUGUGCCCUAAAACAUGAGUAUAAAGACCUGAUAAUUACAGGUUGAGAGAAACUGCAGGAACCAUGCAUUUAAGGAACAAACACUGGAAAUCUCUGCGAACACAAAGAUAUUUAGGAGUGUACAUUGUGGGUGCUCAACAAAUUUAUUGAAUGAAUGGAGAAACCAGGAGAGUCAAAAGUGAGUGGGAACUCUGUUUCUACUUUGGUCACAAGCCACAUUCAGUUGUAAAUACGGCCUUUCUCUACUUCAGGCAGUGGACUGUCAAGAAGCCUGAAGGGAGGCAUCUCCCUGACAAGACAAAGUAGGUAUUUUAUACCUGAGGUUGGCAAACUACUGCAGACAAGCAAAUUUGGCCCAGUCUGUUUUUAUAUAAUGCGAGUCAACAGUGAAUAUUGCAUUCUUAAAGUGUUGUAAAAGAAGAAACAUGUGAUAAAACUUUAGGCCUGUGAAGCCUAAAAUAUUUACUGUCUGGUCCUUCAGAGAAAAUGUUUGCUGACCUCUGUUUUGUACUAUUAACUAUGAGGUUAACAAAAAUUUUUACCUUUGUGCAGAAGGUAAAAAGAAGCAUGGUUAAGGAAAAGAUAUGUCACCUCUGUACACUCCUAUAAGCGUGGCAUUGCAUUUUAAAAAAGUAACCACCUUUUAAAAAAAUAAACUAUUUAAAUCAC